AUGGACCUCUCCCAUAUGAUGACUGCUCACCUGGCGACUGCCACUGAAGACGAGAAGCUUCGGUCGUUAUGCGAUGAGCAAAACAAAGUUGGAAUGCAAAACUGCCUUUCCUCAGAAACCCCACUAGGCAGAUCUUCCGAGCCUUCUAGCCCCGGCCCACUCACUAUCACAAAUGUCGAAGAGCUCUGUAAACGUCUAGAAAAGCACAAGAAGGAACUGGUGGACCUGGUAGAGGGCCUGAUACAACACACCGAGAAGGGAGACAAAGAAGGAACUUGGAAGUUUGCUCUCGCUGCAGUGAAGGAACUGCAAUUACUACCUCGAGCCAACCAACCUAUUGACAGCCUCCCAAUCGGUAAAAUGACGUACGAAGAUGUUGAAAAGUACUUCGGUCUUGAGCCGCAACGACCUCUCAGAGGUACUUCCUGGGAAGGGCCCCUUCCACAUAUCCAGCUUCCGCAGUGUGCCUACCAAAUGCUUGAGAUAUUCGAUAAAUUCGCUCGUCGAUCUGUGAAGAACGAGGCCAUGAUCCGCUGUCGCCUGAAUAACAUUCUGUUCGCUGUUCUUGACAGCGUCAUGACAUCGGCUCCAGAUGACACCCACCCACUUAAUUUACAGACCGAAACUCACCUUGUAUCACGCCCAUUCCAAGUUGGAGGCAAGUACUGUCAAGCGCAGGGCCAGUGCGAUUAUACCGUGUGGUACGGCGAGGAAGUCCGUGAACAAGCGAUCAACCUGGUGAUUGUGGAAACAAAACGUCCUGGACACGUGAGCCUAGGGGAAGGACAAGCACUUGGUUAUAUGGCUGUUGUUCACCAAGAACGAAAAUUGAGCAAGCGAGCACGGAACGCGACUGUGUAUGGAGUGGCCACCGAUGGAAAAACAUUUUACUUCUUGUGUAUCAAUGAUGAAAGCAAGUGGGAUCGGAUUGUGCUUGACACAGCACAACUUGAUGCAGUCGUCGACCUGUUAGCAUUUAUUAUGAAGGAGGCCAUGACGAUCUCACCCUUUACUUCCCGCCACACUUCCAAGAAUGCCUCCAUGGAAGAUGAUCCUUUAGUUCUGAGCUGA